AUGCUGGGGAGUGCCCAUGAGGUGCAGAGAUUCCACAGAGAUGCGGAUGAGACUAAAGAAUGGAUUGAGGAGAAGAACCAGGCUUUGAACACUGACAACUACGGCCAUGACUUGGCUAGCGUGCAAGCUUUACAGUGCAAGCAUGAGGGUUUUGAAAGAGGUCUUGCAGCCUUGGGUGAUAAGGUUAACUCUCUUGCCUGGUGGGACGUGCUGACCAGCGCAAAGAUAAGCUUGGCAACUCCCUUGACCGUGCAACAUUUCCUGUCUGACUUCAAAGACCUAAUCUCUUGGAUCUAUGGCAUCUGUGGACUAGUGUCAUCAGAGGAGCUGGCUAAGGAUGUGAGAGGAGCUGAGGCCCUUCUGGAGAGACACCAGGAACACCGUACAGAGAUUGAUGCCCAUGCAGGUACAUUCAAGGCCUUUGAGCAGUUUGAUCAGCAGCUACUAGCCCAUGGUCACCAUGCUAACCCAGAGAUUCAACAGAAAUUGGAGGCCCUAGAUCAUGAAUGUGCUGACCUCGGGAAGGCCUGGGUGCAGCACCGCAUAAUGUUGGACCAAUGCCUGGAGCUCCAGCUUUUUAACAGAGACUGCGAGCAGGCUGAGAACUGGAGGGGAGCUCGUGAAGCCUCCCUUACCAGUGAUGAUAAGGGUGAUUCUCUGGACAGUGUAGAACUUGUCAUCAAGAAACAUGAAGAUUUUGACAAGGCUAUCAAUGUGCAGGAGGAGAAGAUCGCUGCGUUGCAGUCUUUUGCUGAUUAG